UCCUAUUCUCAUUGAAGACAAUAUAUUUCCGACACCUAAUUACAGUCAAAAUGAGGUUAUAUUACAAACAAUUCAUGGCAUAAGCAAAGGCUAUGAAUGCGAUAAAAAUAAGAAACAAAUUAUUUUAAAUGAAAACACAUUAUUAAGAAUGAGAAGAAACACCAUUGAGUUUGUGACAAAACCAUUGACUAAUAACAAUCAAUACAAGAAGACUUGGAAGACAAUUGAAUUCUUGUCAAAGAUAUUGUCGAAAUACAAUCCCGACAGCGAUGGCUACCAAAUGAUGAAGAGCUCAAUGCGAGAGCUUAUACUUAUGGAUUCAAAUAUAUAUCGAUUGAGAAUCGCCUGGAUUUUAGACCGAGUCGUCCAAAACAAUGCUAUAAAUAUACGAUAUCUUGAAAUGGAUACAAAACACAAUGUCAUCGAUGAAAACAAAUUGUUAAGUUUGGACAACACGUGGAUUCCCACAGCUUUUGGACAAUUGCUUCAAAGGGGUCAGUCAUCAACAAAGGAUGGCUCUGAGUGGUCGAGCGUUUACUUUGACUGUGAUCUCAGACUUUGGUUUAUUUCAUAUACGGCCUUAAUAUUAGAGACUAACGAACAAAACAAUAUCAAUGACAACAUUCAUAACGAGAAAUCAAUCCGUGGUAUCAUUAGUGCCGACAUCGACAUCAGCGGCACAGACAUCAAUCAAUGCGAGACAAAUAAACAACAACUUUAUAAUCCUAACUAUCAGUCGGUUGUGUUGACACUCGAGGGAACUCAUAAAUGCCAUUCAGAGACCAGUCAAUGCAUAUUUGCAAAAGGACAGGGAUGGUUUAGAGGAGGAUAUAAAUGUCGGUGUCGUGAUGGAUAUCAUUCAGCUGUGGCUAACUUGGGUCCUAUGUUUAAUGGGUCGGUAGUUGAACAGGCAUUUGAAGAUAAACGUAAUGGCAAAAACCCUUCCUAUGAUUACAUGUUUUACUGUAAGCGAUGUGCGGCCGGUUGUGAUGUCUGUGAAGAUGAAUCUCCCUGUCUUUCAUCGUACAACUGGGCGUUCAGGAUAUCACUGCUAACAAUAACAGUGUUGUGUAUUAUAUUUACAAUAGUAUUGGGAUUAUAUAUAUACCGAUUCCGUAAAUUGAAAGUCAUUAAAGUCGCGUCUCCUAUCUUCCUGUGCAUCACUCUUCUGGGCUGUUCUAUCAUGUAUUCAGAGACUGCGGCCAUAUUUCCAGUGCUGGAUGUGUGGACGUGUGUUAUAACCAAAUGGACCCGACAUCUAGGCUUUUGUGUCACUUAUUCAGCGCUAUUACUCAAGACGUGGAGAGUUUCCCUCACAUAUAGAGUCAAAUCGGCGCAUAAACUCAAACUAACUGACAAACAACUCCUCCAAUGGCUCUUUCCUAUCCUAUUAGUAAUGGCUAUAUAUCUUAGCACUUGGACUAUCAGUGCUCCUCCGGAAGCUAUAUAUUUAGUUGACUGGAAUGGAUUGAAAUUUAAACAAUGCGAUUACAACUGGUGGGACCACAGUCUUGUUAUUGGGGAAUUUUUGUUUCUCUUGUGGGGCAUUAAAGUCUGUUAUAACGUACGAAAUGCCGAAUCAUUUUUCAAUGAAGCAAAAUAUAUAACAUAUGCCAUAUAUAACAUAACUCUCGUCAAUAUCUCAAUGAUUUUUAUCCAUAUAUUAAUUCUUCCAAACGCUGGACCAGACGUUAAAUACUUUUUUGGUUUUGUGAGGACACAGAUGAGUACUACGACUACUGUUAUAUUGAUUUUUGGACCAAAGUUUUAUAGAGUAAUUAAAGGACAGGGAGACUCGUGGGACAAUCGUGUGCGGGCACGGGGUGUGACCGCUUCCUUCUCAAUCAAUGGCGUCGGUCUCGUUCACGAAGAGACAACAGACUUGUAUCAGGAAAACGAAGAACUAAAAGAAGAGAUCCAGAAGUUGGCCUCUCAGGUGGAGAUCAUGAAGAUAUGCCAAAUGGAGUUCAAGAACAGACAUUUACCGAAACCAAAACACGGAACACAAUCAUCGACUAACUCUAAUAUUAUGAACAUCUCUACGAAUCCCAUAUCAGGAAACGCCAGUUCCACACAAAGUCCUAUUGUUAAAGCAAUUUAUAGCAAAUUUGAAACAAAUGAUCCAAAUUCCCAACGAAUCUCUCCAAACGCUGAACUCAUCAGCGAAAAGGUUUAAUACAGUUGUUUAACAAUUCAAUUAUUUUUUAAUUAAAAAAUAGCCAUUUUUACAAUAAUUACAAUAAA